UUUUGUUUUAAACUGUUUAUAAUAAUUUUAACCAUUGGAUUGGAGCGGAAUUAGCCAAAGUGUGUGGACUGGCUGUUGAUGAUACCUGCCACGGAAGGAUGCAAUAUAAUGCACUAGUUCAAUCACUGUUGAUUAUGAACGAAAAAAAUAUAAAUUUGUGGAAUUUCUUUAAAAUUUACUACUAAAAUGUUUAAUUCAAUAUCGUAACUUUUUUAAAUUAAAUUUUCCAACUUUUUUAUCGUAUUCCUAAAAAUGCUGAAUAAUAUAGUGAACGAGACUGACAGUGUGUUACUGGCGAAUCCGAAGCUUAUCAAGGAUGAGCAGCAUAACGCUUUUCAGGGUUUGCUAAGUUUCGACGAGUCUCUGCUCUACUCAUCAGGGCAUUUUUCGUCCAGGAAUGAGCUCAUCUCUUGCAUCGUAGCCAUGCUCCAUGGCGUUGAAGUUUUAACUUAUCUUCCCACUCUAUACCUCUAUAAAGACGAUUUCAAAAUCUCUCCAGCGUUGUUGACGUUUAUUUUGGGUUUGAUAAGGUUGCCCUUGAAUUCUAAGUUAUUGUUGGCGUUUAUGAGUGAUUCUGUACCGAUUUUUGGUAGUCGGAGGAAAAGUUAUUUGGCUAUCGGAUCCUUCAUUUGCUUUUCCUCAAUGUUCAUCCUCGGACUCUUAAAUGAAAGCUAUUCCAUUAUCCUCACAACUUUACUCUUCGCACUCUGCUCUCUCGGAUCCGCCUUGUGUAGUGUGAUUGGAGAGGCACUGGUGAUUGAGUGUGCCUAUAAACAGAGUACGGAUCAGGUGACGAAAACAAUUUCAACAUUUUAUACAUUUCGUAAAUUAACCUUCGCAGCCAUGUCAUACCUCUCCUCCAUCCUCAUGAUGAUCAUUAAAAAACGGGAAAUAUUUAUGAUAUCGUCGAGUUUACCGUUUUGUGUAUUUUUUACAUCAUUUUUCAUUCAAGAGAAGCCGUUUGGGUAUUACUUGACCAUAAAGGAACAGUAUAAUCGAUUAGUCUCCUUCGCUUCAAAACCUGAAAUCAAAAAUCCGUCCAUAUUCCUCUUCAUCUCAAUGAUAGUACCGAGUGCUGGUACAGCGAUGUUUUAUUUUAUGACUGAGCGGUUGCACUUUCAGCCUGAGAUUUUUGGUCGUUUUUCGGCUUUACAAGCUGUUGCAAGCCUAUUUGGAAUCUACUGUUACCUUUUAUUCUUCAGGAAUAUCAGUAUCCGGAAAUUGUUUGUCUGGACUACAUACUUAGUAGCGGCAUUUUGCUCACUGAGCAUUGUAUUGGUAAAGAGGUGGAAUGUGAUUUUGGGCAUACCAGACAAAGCCUUUGCAAUUACUGACACCUCUCUGAUCCAGUUCAUUGGGGAGAUGAACUCAUUUCCCAUUUACGUCAUGGCUACGAGACUGUGUCCAAGAGGAAUUGAGAGUAGUAUGUACUCGUUUCUGUGGACUGUCCAGUUCCUGGGAAUGGACAUUAGCACAUACAUCUCCUCAGGACUUACACACCUGUUUGGGAUCCAAAGCCAUAAUUUUAAAGGCCUAGUACCCAUGAUCAUCGUAUGUGCAGCGGCACAACUUAUACCAAACUUCUUUGUAUCUUUACUACCAAAUGAACUACCUACCGUACAAAUGGAUGACGAUGUUACAGCCACAAUCGAUGAAGGAGAGGAGGGAGAAGGGAAUGAAAUCCAGGCAGGAUCAGAGUUUUAA